AUGAGUGACAACAUUUCGUAUUCUAUCGAUCGAGAUCAAAAUGAAAGGAUCAAUGAGUUACGGAGAAAACGAAAGGAUAUAAUGCAAGGAUUACCUAAACCUAAUUUUAUAAGAUUAAAAGUGAUUAGUAUGGGAGAAUCGGAAGUUGGCAAGAGUUGUCUCAUCAAGCGAUACUGCGAAGAACGGUUUGUUCCGAAAUAUACUGGUACCAUCGGAGUGGAUUUUGGAGUUAAAAAAGUAAUGAUUGAUGGUCGAGAAGUAAGAGUAAAUUUCUGGGACUUGAGUGGACAACCGGAAUUCUUUGAAGUGAGAAAUGAAUUUUAUAAAGACACUCAAGGAGCUGUUCUAGUGUUUGAUGUCAACUCGAGAUCUUCUUUCGAAGCAUUAGACGCCUGGUUGGCAGAAUCCUCAAAAUAUGGAGCUAAAGGUUUAUUCAUCGCAGUUUGUGGAAAUAAAACAGACGAGAAAAACAGAGUAGUUACAGAAAAAGAGGGUCGAGAGUGGGCAGAAAAGAAUGGAUUGAGGUACGUAUCCGAAUCGUUCAUGAUUCUCUGUCUUAUAGGCGUUCGAGUGUAG